AUGUGCACCAGUCGUCAGAUCAUUGGAAGCCUCAUGGUGCUGUCUGUGCUGGAGAUAGGGCUGGGUUUGUCCAGUGUGGCUGUAGGAGUUGUCAGCUUCUUGAGGGUCAGGACAGUGCAGAAGCCCCAGCUGGGAGACUUUUCUCCGGUAUGGAGCGGUGCGUGUUUCCUGAUUUGUGGAAUAUGUGGAAUAUUUUGUGCCAAAAAAAAAUCUGGACUUAUAAUGAUUCUGUUUUCAGCCUGCUGUAUCUGUGGACUAAUUGGAGGGAUAUUAAACAUUCAGUUCUUACGUGAUGUAACCAAGAAGUCAUCCUCUCAACGUCCCUUACACCUUGUUUCCAUGUCACUUGCAUGCAUUGGGAUCAGUGGCUGCACCAUAUCAUCAUGGCUUACAUGCCGGCUAGCCAGCUAUGAACAACGGAGAAUGUUUUUAGAAAGAGAACAUUCACUUCACCAUUCCCAUGAGAUGACAGAAAAGGAAACUGUGGAAAAUAUGAAUGGUGGAGCACAGCUUGUUUUUAAUGGAAGAGUUUAAAGUGCAUUAAGCUCAUUAUACUAACAAUGGCAAACAAAACGUUGAGCUGGGACAUUUAAACAAAUACGAUUCCACAUAUUAACAAUUCUCUUGCUGCGGCAUUCUUGGUAUUAAAUAUUUAGUAUUAAGAUUCAUACAGGAAGCAGUGAUGCAAUAAUAAUAUUAAUAAAAAUACUAUGAAGACUACUGAAAAUUAUUUUGGAUAUGCACAACCAUUUUUUAAGCA